UUGACUUCACCGCUUUAACUCAAUCCAGAUCUUCUGACAGAAUGCUCCACUCCAGACUCAGCAUCACACUGUUGUUGGCAGCAACGUGUUUGCUUAUGAGAGCAGGACAUUCUGGAGCCCAACAGGUUUCCCCCAACUUUCCGACCACCUCAUUCACAGAGAGAGUGAUCACCUGUGAUGACGACCUCAACGUCCACCGCCUGAGCUGUGAGAGUGGAGUGAUCUUUGUGCAGACAGCUCUGUAUGGGCGAGCAGACAAAACGACCUGCAGUGAGGGCAGACCUCCACAGCAGCUUGCCAAUACACAGUGUUCUCAUCCGGACACCUUGGACAUCAUGAGGAAAAGAUGUAAUGGCAAGAGGGUGUGUGAACUAAACACAAACACCUUCCGUGCUUCUGAUCCCUGCAUUGGCAUCUACAAAUAUCUGGACACCACCUACACCUGUCUCCCAGCAUUCUUCAGCAUAACAUGUGAAAGGUCUCUGGCAAGCCUGCAGUGUGAUGAAGGGCAGGUUAUACUUGUCUAUAGUGCUGAUUACGGACGUCGUGACCCCACCACAUGCUCUUACCGACGACCUGUCUCUGAUGUUCUAAAUGUGUGCUCACUCCCCACAAGCAAAGUUGCUGAAAGCUGUAACGGGAAAAACAGCUGUACUAUCAGAGCAGUCAACUCAGUGUUUGGAGACCCCUGUGGCACCACUUAUAAGUACCUGGAAGUGGCUUACACAUGUCAAUAUCCUGGCAUUUAAACAACAAAACAUCGCACUGUAUGUGCUUCGAGUAAAAGGCAUUCAGCAGAAUGUUUUCAGUUUAUGAUAAAAUGAAGUAAUCAAGAAACCAAUGAAACUAUCAAAAUCCCAAGUACACCAUAUAGCCAAAAGUAUUUGGACACCCGAAAAAUACAUUUGCAUUUUACAUUUAGCUGAUACUUUUAUCCAAAGCGACUUACAAUUGCUAUACAUGUCUGAGGUCGACUGCCUCUGGAGCAACUAGGGGUUACCAGGGACUACAGUCGAACAUUAGCCUAGCUGGCUAAACUGGCACAUUUACAGAAAUGUUUAUCAAUGUGCACUGUCUCUAUAAACUUAUACUCUACAAAUAAAAUAAAUUGUCUUGCUCAGAGACACAAUGGUGGAUGGGUCACAGUAGGGGAUUGAACCCAGGUCUCUCACACCAAACAUGUGUUUUAUCCAUUGCCCCAUCAGCACCCCACAAAUACACUCAUGUAGUGGUUCACCAUCUCAUACCAUGCUAGUCAAGUGCACUGUGGUAAGCUGUUUGUGGUAAGAUGAUUUAAUAAGCCUUUGAUUGAGUGAUUGAUUUGAAUUUCUUUUGUCUCUGGUCUGUUCAAUUUCCACCUCACUGUAAAUAAAAUUUACGUAGCAUUG